AUCGCGUGAAGUACAGAUGUAAAAGUUUAUUUUUCAUUAAUUUAUUUUUCAGACAAAUUGCUGUUUGCUGAUAUUACCCGGACAUGUUUCGAAGACGAAUGAAAAUAAAAAGCAGUAAAACAAGGAACCUGUGACAAGGAACAAUAAUAGUGUCUUUACAAUGUCUUUACAAUGUCCUCGGUAAUCCUCGUCGCGACGGAAGCCUCAACCUCAUCAGUUUCACAGUCGCUGUCACCCCUCCAAUCGUUUUCUAUUUCAUCGACGUUAUCCUCCAUAUGGACAGAUAGUGAAAAUGCGGCCCUACCCAUAGAGGGUGAUGAAUGAUGAUAUAAUCACAUUGUGUACUGUGGGUAAACCAGGCAGUGGAAAACGUUCACAUCGCCACCAUGAUCAUUACCACCACCAUCACAUUCAGCGACAGCAGCAUCAGUAGCACCAGUGAAGGCGAUCAUAACCAUUCCAAGAAACGUUUCAAAAACCCAAAGCCUGACUACUCCAGUGGAGACAAAAUAUCCUCAUUGUCAGAUGGUGAUCGGUAUGAAGUUAAUUUGGUCCUUAGAGCUGCGGGAAGAAUGAAGUUCAUAACCACAGAGUACCUCUUGCAUCGAAGCAUAUCCAGUUUCGCAGAUCAACUCCAGACAAACUUCACCUCUGAUCUAAGACAAAUCUUGCACAUUGUGUUCCUUAUGGACAUAUCCCCCUCGUGGGUACACUAUCGAGUUGGUUCCCUCAUAAAAUCCACCCCCAAUUCCAGUUCGAAACAAUACCGGACGCACUCGCAACUGUGGAGGAGGCUUCAGCGGAAUAUGCUCUUCAACUUCAACACCCUUUUCCGAAUUUGGCCUGACCAAAUCUGUUGGUGUGUUUCGCGAUUGUUUUGUCCAUCAACUGAGAGAUUAGAAAGAAAAUAACAAAAAAGCACAUGGAAAGAAUAGCCACUCAACAGAUAGCAACUCCAAAAUAUAUAGAAAACUACAUUUAAUUUAAAGUGCAAGUGCAAUGUAUAUAAAUUUAAUAAAAUAGGUACAUUAUUUUUUUGAUUUUAAAAAUAUAAAUUUAAAUAAAAAAAAAGAACUGAACAAAAUGCAUUAACAAAAAAUAAAAUGAAAUAGGUAUAUAAAGUAAAUUGUUUUGACGCUUAUUUAUGCGUUUUAUACAAAAAUGAAAAGAAAAGUUGGGAAGUGAUUAUUUACAUUCACUAAAGAAACAGGUGGCGUUGAGAAAAGAAACGAUCUAAGAUGUUUUGGUCAUUUAUCAAUUUUAAGAUAAGAA